CAGAUAGCCCUCAUAAACAUUUAAGGAACAUAGGAUUGAUUUACUUUUUUUUUUCCAUAACAUUUAAUCGCUCUAAAAGAUGUAUAGUGAGUUCACACCUUAAAGUCAGUGUGGCUUAGUGGUUAGCACGCUUGCCUCACACCUCACAAACAGUCCAAAGACAGGCUGAUUGGCAUCUCUUAAUUGUCCGUAGUGUGUGAGUGUGUGUGUGUGUGUGUGCAAUUGUGCCCUGCAAUGUGUUGGCAAGAUGUCCAGGGUAUCCCACGCCUGGGAAAGGUUCCUGGCUCCCGGUGACCCUGUGUAGGAUAAGCCGUAUGGAAAAUGGAUGGAUGGAUGGAUGGAUGGAUGGAUAUUCAUUCCCUGGCCUUGUUGAUGUCACAUGGUCAUUUAGACAUAUUUUUAAAUCUUUUGCUGCAGGUUGCAGCACAGUCUGUUAACGCUCUGUACUACUGAUCAGAAGGUUAUGAGUUCAUGAUAGGGAUACCAAUACUGGCAAUGGGUAUCAGCCCAAUACCAAUAUGCUCAUUUACUAACACUGAUACAUAGCAACAUCCGAUAUCAUGUAAUUCUAUGUGACAUAAACCUUAGUGUACGUCGUCAUGCUAAUAAACAGAUGACAUGAAAUGACCGGGAUCUGUACGUCUUAUGCAACUUGUGAUCAAAGCAAAGCACUCUGCAAACUAUACUCUACGAAAAUAUCAAGAAAAGGAACUACAGUAUUUCCAUACAAUACAAGUAACCUAAAAGAACAUCUUUAUGGAGUUUCUUUAACAGAGAGCAUGAUGCACACAUCGAGCGCAUAUCAUUAAAAAUGAGCACAAGGUCUUCAGUCCGUUGAAUUCCUCACAUGACUUGUGUGUUGAUCCCUGACUGCUUACACCUGGAUACAUGGCUACCUGAAGCAGGCAGAUUUAGACCAGGAUGGGAAGAUGUCUUAUGAAGAAGUGCAGACACUCCUCCAGAUGAUCAACAUAGACCUUGAUGAGCAAUAUGCCCUUCAAUUGUUCAAGAAAUGUGACCGCUCAGCGGACGAUCGUCUGGACCACAGUGAGAUCGAGCUGUUUUGUCGUGAGCUGUUGCGUCGACCCGAGCUAGACGCAGUGUUCCGGGAAUACUCGUCCAACGGCCGUGUGCUGUCCACAGUGGAUCUGCGUGAAUUUCUGAAAGACCAAGGAGAAGACAACACCCUUGUCCAUGCGCAGAGUCUCAUCCUUACGUAUGAACUCAACGAGUGGGCUCGGAAAAACCAGCUCAUGACAGCAAACGGGUUCACCAUGUACAUGCUGUCGAAGGAGAAUGUUGUGUUCGAUCCAGAGCAUGGCUUAGUGUAUCAGGAUAUGAGCCAACCGCUCAGUCACUACUUCAUCUCCUCUUCCCACAACACCUACCUUACCAAAGACCAGGUCAUGGGCGAGAGCAGUGCCGAGCCGUAUAUCCGAGCUCUUAGCCAUGGCUGCCGCUGUGUUGAGCUCGAUUGUUGGGAUGGAGAUAGAGAACCGGUGAUUUAUCAUGGCCACACCCUUACUUCCAAAGUACCUUUCAGAGAGGUGGUGGAGGCCAUUGCUGAGUAUGCGUUUAAGGCCUCUCCGUACCCUCUGAUUCUGUCUCUGGAGAAUCACUGUUCAGUGGAACAGCAGGAAGUUAUGGCCCAGCAGCUGCGCUCUAUCCUGGGGGAUAAACUGCUCACUAAACCCCUUAACAAUCACAAGUGUGACAGCCUUCCCUCACCAGAGUUUGUCUUGACUGUCUGCUUGAGCUCAUCCUGCCUGUGGUCAUCAAAUACUGUCAUCAGAGAGUCAGAAAUCCAGAGCGACUUACAUUUAUCUAAUUUUUUUUAUAUACAGUAUCUCACAAAAGAGCUGAAAGGGAAAAUCCUGGUGAAGGGAAAGAAGGAACAAGUGGAGCAGGAGGACUCCAGUUCAUCUGAGUCCAGCUGCUCUGAAGACGAGAGUAAAGCUGAGGGCAAAGUCAAGGCAAAGAAAGAGAGCAAGAAGUGUACGUGUGCUUCUUCUCCAAAGGUGUCUAAGCUGAGUCCAGAGCUCUCUGACCUGGUAGUGUACACUUGCAGCGUUCCGUUUAAAGGCUUUGAUCAGGCAGCCAAGAGACCUCCUAAUGAAAUGUCCUCCUUCUCUGAAAGCAAAGCUCUUAAGCAUAUCAAAAACUCAGGGAAGUUCUUUGUACGGCAUAACAGCUGGCAGCUCAGCAGGAUCUACCCUUCUGGUCAGCGCCUGCAGUCCUCCAACUACAACCCUCAGGACAUGUGGAACGCCGGCUGCCAGAUUGUGGCACUAAACUUCCAGACACACGGGGAGCAGAUGGAUCUAAAUCAAGGGCGCUUCUUACCCAAUGGACGCUGCGGAUAUGUACUAAAGCCCAGCUUUCUGUGCCAGCCUGACUCCGAGUUCAAUCCUGAAAACACGGGGGGAGGACCAGGACACAACCCUACUCUCCUCAUUAUUAAGGUCAUCUCAGCCCAGCAGCUGCCUAAGCCAAACACAGAGAAACUCAAAUCUAUUGUAGACCCUAUGGUCUGGGUGGAGAUUCACGGGGCUCCCAUAGACAACAACAAGAAAAAGACACACCGCAUUGACAAUAACGGCUUUAACCCCAGGUGGGACUGCACCUUUAAGUUUCUGUUACAUGUGCCAGAGCUGGUCCUAGUUCGCUUUUUAGUGGAGGAUCAUGAUUACACAGCACGAAAUGAGUUCCUGGGCCAGUUCACUCUCCCAUUCACCAGCAUGCGCACAGGUUACAGACAUGUGCGGCUACUGAGAGCAGACGGUUCAAGACUUACGCCUGCCAGCCUCUUCAUUCACGUCAAGGUCAAACCCAAUUACAGCAGCCACAAGCAUGUCAUGUCAACCAAAGCCUAGUCGAACACAGGAAAUAUAAUCAUUCAGCACCUGGACUACUGACUGGGUUACAACGGUUGAUAUUUUAAUGUACAGUAAUAAUGACUUCAUUUAUAUUCUGUCUGUGUUAUUGUUCAUUCUUUAAAUAGGGAACUUACUGAGAAAGAUGUGAUGCAAAUUAAUCACAGAGACCAAACACAAAAAGCUGAGGAGUAUAUUCACUGCAGAAUAUAAACCAGGUUUGUCUCAAUAAAGCCAGAGGUUUUUCAGGUCCCGGCAUUGCCCCAGGGGAUUAUAUGCAUUAAUGAAGUAACAUAAAACCGGUCAAGAUAUUUAUUAUGUAAUUAUAUAAUGUCUUUAGAAAUGAUGAAGCAAUACAGUAGGUUUCAGGUUUUUUUUUUGUCAUGUAACGUGUCAAAUGUAGCAGUAUUUAUUAAAAUCCUUUAGGUAUCUCUUGCAACUGAAGAAUACUGUUGUUUAAAAUGACACUGUGCUUAAACUAAGCAUGAUGAGGUUUCGAGAGCAUUGUGGUGCUCAUGGAUUGCAAAUGUAGCCUUUUUUUUCUCUCUUGAUUGUUGGGAAAGAGUUGUUGGCAAAAAGCAUGUUGGCAAUGUGAUCAUAAAAACACUGAAACUGGACAGAAAAAAUGUCUCGCUAAAAAUGUACCGUCCAGUACAAACCUUUCAGGGCUGAUAUGAACAAUGCUGUUUAUUUUAUAUAAUAGGUUAAAAAAAAAAACUUAACUGCUGAAGUAAUCUUUUUGACAUGAUGGUGAUGAUCUGCAUCACUCACUGUUAUUCCUGUCUAUUUGUCAUAUUUAUAUUAUUAUAAGUUUAAGGAUUACUAAUCAAAAUUCACAAUUCUGUUGUUUCGGACAGAACCUGAUGUUUGCAUGUGUGAACAUUCUGAAUAAUUGAACAUGUAUGUGAGACCCUGCUUUAAAAAAAUGUAUAUGGCUAUUACAGCCCUGACUACCAUUCCUUAAGUAAGUAACAUUCCAUCUGCACACAUGCAUUGUUUUAGCUGUAGAACCACAACCUUAUAAUAAUUAUAAGUUUAAUUUUGGAGGUCAGGUUCGUUUAACUCUGUUAAAGCUGAGACACCAGCAUCUGUUUUUAGACAGUAUAUAGUCGUCCCCCCCCCCCAUUUAAUUUUGAGAUUGAUAAAAUCAUACAUUCUUUUUGUACAAUAAUGCCAAUGCUUUUAAAAUCUUGUUGAACAGGUCUGCCAGAUGUGUUGGAAUUAAGAAGCACUUCAUUAUUUUGUUUAGUUAUCAUGUGCUAGUAAAUGCAAAUUAGUAAGGAGAAAUGAAAACCCUUGCUGUUAUUGUUAUUUGAAAAAUGUGGUGGUAAUGGUGAAAAGGGAAACAGCUUAUUUGCACAGUUGAAGAAGCCAUACUGUUACCUAUGUGAGAUGUAUGUAUUACAGCCAUCAAUAAGUCUAUAGAAUUGUCAUGUACUGUACUGUAAUGCCAAAAUAUUUCAUUUGUAAUCUCCAAAUAUACAUAAUAAACACUUUUUUUUUGUUAAAUUGAA